GUACAUUAGUCAGACGCACCAACGAGAGAAACAAACAAGCUACAGAGUCAUUAGUCUAAUCGACACCAUUUCAGUUAAGUGAAAUGACAAAAAAUCUCCUCGCUGAAUCACUCUUCAUGUCGAACGUGAAAGAAUUCGUCAAUGAAAAGAAAUUGGGCGAAGGAGGAUUCGGCGUAGUUUUUCAAGACGUUUGGCGUGGGAUUCCGGUGGCUGUCAAACGAAUCAAAUUAGGUGACAUUGAGAGCAACGGACGAGAAGAAGACGCGUUAGAUAAGCUUGAUCAUCCCAAUGUCGUCAAGUUGUUUCACGUUGAAAGUGAUUCGGUAUUCAAAUAUUUCUAUCUCGAAUUGUGCAACGCUUCAGUGGACAAAUUAUUCCUGGAAGAUGAUGAUCCGAAAAAAUCUCGGAAAAAAUACCAUGGCCCAGCAAUGCCACCGGCAAUUGAAGUCCUCCAACAAUUGGCCGGAGGACUCGAGUACAUUCACCAAAUGAAUUUUAUCCAUCGGGAUAUAAAACCAGGAAACGUCCUCAUCUGGGUUGAUCCAGCAACCCAAAACGUUUUGAUGAAAUGGGCCGAUUUCGGGUUCAGCAAACCGGUCAAUGAAAGAGGAAGUCACUCCAUCAGUGGAUCAAACAGAGGCACCGAUAUUAUUGGUAUGCCCCUGAAAUGUUGAAAAUCAAAAUUCAAGAAGAA